CCGGGCCGGGCCCCGCGCGGGCCGCGGCGCGUGCGCGGGGCGGGGCCGGGCGGUGACGCGCGGGGAUUGCGCGGAGGGAGCGCCCGGCCCGGCCCGGCGCGGCCCCGAGGGCGGCGAUGGCGGCCGCGGGUGGCGGUCCCGGCGCGCCCGCGGAGACGCCCCCCGCCACCACCACCGCCGCUGCCGCUGCUGCUGCCGCUGCCGCCGCUGCCGCCGCCGAGGCCGGCGCGGUGCUGCAGCGGGAGCCGCUGUACAACUGGCAGGCCACCAAGGGCUCGCUGCGGGAGCGCUUCGCCUUCCUCUUCUCCAACGAGCUGCUCAGCGACGUGCACUUCGUGGUGGGCAAGGGCAGCGCCCGCGGCGGCGCUGGCGGCGGUGGCGGGGCGGCGCCCCCCGGGCCCGGCCAGCAGCGCAUCCCCGCCCACCGGUUCGUGCUGGCGGCCGGGAGCGCCGUGUUCGACGCGAUGUUCAACGGCGGCAUGGCCACCACCUCGGCCGAGAUCGAGCUGCCCGACGUGGAGCCCGCCGCCUUCCUGGCGCUGCUCAGGUUUCUUUAUUCAGAUGAAGUUCAAAUUGGUCCAGAAACAGUCAUGACUACUUUAUACACUGCUAAAAAGUAUGCGGUCCCAGCGCUGGAAGCACAUUGUGUGGAUUUUCUAACAAAGCAUCUCCGAGCAGACAACGCCUUUAUGCUGCUUACUCAAGCUCGUUUGUUUGAUGAACCUCAGCUUGCUAGUCUGUGUCUUGACACAAUAGACAAAAGUACUAUGGAUGCCAUAAGUGCAGAAGGCUUUACUGACAUCGAUAUAGACACAUUAUGUGCAGUUCUAGAAAGGGAUACCCUUAGUAUUCGAGAAAGUCGGCUCUUUGGAGCUGUUGUUCGCUGGGCAGAAGCAGAAUGUCAAAGACAACAAUUGCCUCCGACGUUCGGGAACAAACAAAAAGUCCUUGGAAGAGCUCUUUCCUUAAUCCGUUUUCCAUUAAUGACUAUUGAAGAGUUUGCAGCAGGCCCUGCUCAAUCUGGAAUCUUGUCAGAUCGGGAAGUAGUAAAUCUCUUUCUUCAUUUUACUGUCAAUCCUAAACCUAAAGUAGAUUAUAUUGACCGACCAAGAUGUUGCCUUAGAGGAAAAGAAUGCAGCAUUAACAGGUUCCAGCAAGUAGAGAGUCGCUGGGGCUACAGUGGAACAAGUGAUCGGAUUAGGUUCACAGUUAACAGAAGAAUUUCCAUAGUGGGAUUUGGAUUAUAUGGAUCUAUUCAUGGACCCACAGACUAUCAAGUUAAUAUACAGAUAAUUGAUUAUGAGAAGAAUCAGACGCUAGGACAGAACGAUACUGGGUUUAGCUGUGAUGGAACAGCCAGCACCUUCAGAGUUAUGUUCAAAGAGCCCAUCGAGAUUCUGCCCACGGUUUGCUACACAGCUUGUGCAACCUUAAAAGGUCCUGAUUCCCACUAUGGAACAAAAGGUUUGAAGAAAGUGAUCCACGAAUCUCCUACUGCUAGCAAAACAUGCUUUGUCUUUUAUAGUUCACCAGGUAACAACAACGGUACAUCAAUAGAAGAUGGACAGAUACCAGAAAUAAUAUUUUAUACUUAGUUUCACGUGAUGAUCUGGAAUGUGUCAGUGUCUCAGUGGACUUCAGCUCACUACUGGCAGCAGUUAAAAAAUUCUCUGAAAUUACAUCAGUGUGUGAAAACAAAUCUAUCUUGUUUGAGAGGUACCAGAAAAAGGAUUUUUUUUUCUGCAUCGUUAUCAGCAGAACGUAAUUUAGCUUUUCCUCUUAACAAAAUGUCAAGUGGAGAAAGUACUCUGUAUAUUGAAAAGUUUGUUUUGUUUGUUUUAAACAGUAUCAUGUGAUUAACUGCUUUGUGUUUUCACCCCUUCGUUUCUCUUGUAGUAAAAUUCAUUUUUUAAACUGGAAAAAUCCUUACUUAUUAUGAGCAACUUGCGUACAUGUUCCCCAAUCUGUCCUAAAAAGACCAUAAAGCUGCUGCUGUAGUCCCACCUUGCACUUCUUUCCAAAACGACCCUAUGGACAUGGAGUGCUGCUGUAUUUUUUUGAAGUACAUCAGCAAAGCUGGAUUUAUAUUGCCAUCACCUUGACUCUUUGGACGAGCCAUUGAGAAUUAAUGGACAUUAGCACUGCAGAGAGCAUCUGCAGCUGCACUGAAGAAACACUAAGUCAACUUCAGCAACAAACAGAUCUUUCCAGAAUCUCUCUUAAUUCAGAAGGGCUGUUUUGGAAUAUAGAACUGGUUAUGGAAAUAGCCACUGUAUAUACAUAUGUGCCUAUAAAAAAAUGUAUAAUGUGAAAAUGAGAAUACAAGGCUUGUAAUGAUGUUAUUUUGUCACUGGAUAUUCUAGCACUAAAAAAAAAAAAAUAGUAUAAACCUAAGGAUUACUUGUGUGCAACUAGUUUUACAGAUUGCACAUAAUACUUUGAUGCCAUUGCUAUAUGUAUAUAGUACUCAGUGUCUUGCAGUAUGUACUGUGUAGUAAUAGAAUGUCUUCAUGUACAAAGACCUGUACCCUUCCCCAGAUUACACUAAAGUAGUAAUUUGAGAAUGCAGGAGAAUAAUAAGAAAA